GGACCACUCACGUCACUCAGCGCGCAUCCCCUUCCCACAACUCACAUCACAACUUCGCAUGCCAGCGCAAAUCGACUCAGGCUGUCAACCCUGUCAGAUCCAUCAGUUGCGCAAAAAGACCACAAUUAUCUCAGCACGAAAUUGCAUCAACAGCAAUAUCACACGACUCCAGUCACAUCAUGGAACAUCUCGGCAGCAGAAAGCGCAAAUCGGAUCAGAUUUCGGUCUCCGAAGACCAGUACACGGUCGACAUAGGCAGUCAAAAAAUACCAACCAAGGCUGGAGAUGCUGAACGGAACGAAAGUCCGCUGAAGAGGCAGAAAGUUGGGAUUACGCUGGCACAAAAGCAAGCACUAAUUGACAACCUUCAGCUCGAGAUUACCGAGCGCGCUCGUAAGCUGCGAGCAAACUACAACAUCCAUGCCCAAAGCCUUCGAACGCGGAUCGAGAUCCGCGUCAACCGCAUUCCCCUCUCUUUGCGCAAGCUCACCAUGGGAGAGUUGUUAGAGAGAUACUCGACGGAGCAGCAACAGAACCCCAACGCACACACAAGCAGCACCAGGGGUCCACCGGUGCCUGCGAAGGACCCAGCACCGUCACGGCCGCCCAUCCGAGCACCAGCGACUAUCGCGUCAUCCUCAUCCCGCCAAACAAAAAGAACAAGUCAUGAAAUCUCGGGCGGAGACAAGGAAAAUGAGACGCAGACUCCCCAGAAGAAAGUUCGCGCCGACCCGGUGACAGAUGUUGCGCGCAACCCAGCACAGGUGUUGUCACCAACCACUUCCAACUCUCGGAUCGCGCCUCGGAGUGUCGCCACGCCAGGGAGAUCAGGCAUAGCACGACCCGUCGUGACCCCUGGCAGAGCAGUGGUAGCAACAAACAUCCUGAAUAGAAUGGUUGAGGGGGCGCGGUCAACAACACGGCCCACCACGACCACAGCACGCAAGACGAUGACCUCCGCCGCGCCAAGCAGCUCAGCCAACAUCGCCACUACCGCUACCGGGACAACGGCAGACAGGAGGAAAAGAGGCGCGACAGUCACGGCGGCAGCGAAGCCGCUAUCGAGGCCUGCAACGCGGAUGGCGCGGAGAGCUAGCGGCAUCAGCGAGUCCAGCGAAGGCAGCACCUCGACGGUGGUGAGGAAACGGCCCAUGACAGCACCGCCGGGGGCACAGCCGAAACCUCCGGCCCCGCAACCUACGGCAGCCAAACGGACGAUGCUGAGCACAGUCAAGAAGGCGGUCACGUCCGGCACGACGAGGAAACCGCCUGCAACCAAGGCAGCAGCACCAUCCGCUUCAACGGCUGGCACGGGGAGGGUGUUGAGGAAGCGAGCUUGAUUCGGACUCGGGGGUGGCAUUUGUAUCUUUAUUGGCGUUUGGGCCAGCGUCAUUCUUGACCCCGUGUUGAGACUUAUCCGGGUGGCGGGCAGGUUUCAUGGUUUGGCGUGCGUCACAACGGCAAU